AUGCAAAUGGGCAAGUGCUGCUGAUCCGCACGACUCGACUCUCCAACGCCCUUCAGAGUGGUGGCGGCGACUCCUGUGCUGCCACUGCGAGCGCCGGCGCGACCGCACCGGCGACCUUCAGCAGCCCGCAGGGAUCCCCGCGUUUGUUGGCAGGAAAUGCCUACGAGGAAAAAGGGAAAGGCGGACGGUGCGGCGGCAGCGGCGGCGGCGGCGCCGGAUGCUGGCGUCGAUCGUAUCAGCGCGCUCCCGGACGACACCCUCCAUCACGUCCUCUCGUUCCUGCCCGCGGAGGACGCCGUGCGGACAUGCGUGCUCGCCCGGCGCUGGCAGCAUCUCUGGAAGUCCGCCACUGGCCUGCGCAUCGGGUUCAGCAGCCAUGGGGAUGCACCGCCGUCCGUGGACAGUCUCCUACACUUCGUCCACCAUCUGCUUCUCCUCCGCAAGCGCGACUCCUGUCUCCACACAUGCGAGCUCAGGUUACGGUCCCGGUAUGUGAACAGCUGGUCGAUUGACGAGGGGAUCAAUCUGAAUCUUUGGAUCCGACAUGUUGUAGAGCAGCGUGAAGUUCGGAGGCUCAGGCUCGAAAUCCAUGACUCGUUUUUCGCGUUUCAGUUAGACAGGCCUGUCACUCAGCACUUGAAAACGCUAGCACUCAUCAGUGUGGUGUUAAGUAGUCGCUGCAACUUCUCCUACUGUCCGAACCUGGAACAUCUAGAGAUUGCUGAGUCUUACAUUUAUCAGGCCCCCCAGAUCUCGUCAAAAUCGCUGAAGUGCCUGAGCGUCAGCAAUUGCUUUUUUAGUUAUAUGGGAUCGCACACUCUUAUUUGUACCCCAAACCUUGUUUCACUUAGGCUAGAUGGCCAUUUCGCCUCGGUUCCAGUUUUGGGUAGCAUGCCAUCAUUAAAAGAGGCAUUUGCCAGAGAUCAUAAUUUGGAUUGUGAAAAUGUGGAUUGUUUCUCUUGUGCUGAUGAUGUUAAUGAUGUCACACCUGACAAAUCAGACUAUAAGAACAAAUGUUUUCUUCUGCAAGGAUUGUCGGAAGCUCAGAAUUUGACAUUGAUGUGUGACUACAAUGGGGUUGUUUUCCACAGGGAUUUGGAGUGGUGCCCAACUUUUAACAACUUGAGGACUCUUUUGCUGAAUGAAUGGUGGUGCAAGGAUCCUGACUUCUAUGGGCUAAAUCUCAUUCUCAAGCAUUCACCGGUUCUGGAGAGGCUCAACCUUCAUCUUUUUACUAAGGGACCUCAACAUAAAGUGGAAAUGAUAGGCAGGUACAAUCAAAUGGAGAGACCAGCUACUAUAUUGAAACACCUGAAGGAAAUUGAAGUCAAAUGUGAUGUGGUUAACGAGCAAGUUCACAAAGUUUUGAAGUUUCUGGGUACUUUUGGCAUACAUUUCCUUUUCAAGUAAUAAGGAAGAGAAAAACUGGGAGGCUGAGAGAUCUGUCAUGUCUUGGCUAUCCGGAAAUGCAAGGCUUAAGCUUCUGGUGACAUAGUACCUUGUUUUGUCUAUGCGUGUUUUUGUCCUGUCAAUUCCAGUUAUCCGGAUGGAUUAGGAUUGAGCCAUUCGUCAAUAUAACUUUAUGUGAACACGAUGAUAGUCAUGAAACUGGUUAAUCAUGUCAUUUUAUCGCUGUUUCACCUUUUGCUUUGGCCUGCCUAAAUUUACUCGGUUCUCCGAUCGAUUGACUGUUCUUACUGUUUUACUUCCCUUACCUAAGAGGUAACAGCUGGUCACGGAUAUGAGUUCUCUGUUUCAUCAA